AGGAGAGCAGAUCUCUGACGGCCUUCAAUUUUGUCUCUAUUAUGGGUCUUCUCCUCCUUUUAUACCUACUCUCCACUGUCUUCUCUCGUCUCCUAGGGAAGAAGCCGUUGAGAUUAUUGAUGCUUGGUCUGGAUGCAGCUGGAAAGACUACUGUCUUCUAUCAACUCAAACUGGGUGAAGUCGUCACAACUUUUCCUACUAUCGGCUUUAACGUUGAGACGGUUGAGUACAAGAACAGUUCCUUCACUGUGUGGGAUGUAGGAGGGCAGAGUGCUUUAAGACCACUCUGGAGACACUACUACCCAAACACCAUGGGCCUGAUCUUUGUGGUGGACAGCAGUGACUGUGAACGCAUCCAAGAAGCCGCUUUAGAGCUGCAGAUGAUGGUAAAUGAAUCCUUCAUUCUGGACGCUGCUUUGUUGGUACUUGCUAACAAACAGGAUUUGCCCAAUGCGAUGCCAGUGCAUGACAUGACUGAGAAACUCGGAUUACAUGCAAUGAAGGGAAGAUCUUGGUACGUCCAGCCAACUUGUGCGACAAAUGCAACAGGUUUAUAUGAAGGACUGGACUGGCUUUCUAAUCAACUCUCCAAACAAUAAAUCUGAUUGAUUACACUAAGCAAAUAUUUUACUGUAUUUAAUCAUGUCAAUUAUGU